AUCACUAGGAGACAGACGAGUCUCACACCAGCCAUUAUUGCAAUGUUAAUCAGUCGCACCUAAAUGUUCACACCUUCAUAAAGCUCUGAAAAAUAUCUACGUAACAUAGUCAGCCAUAAGUACCGAGUCCACCCCUUUAGACCCAAUGCACACUACGCCACACCAAAGCAAGACUCCAGAUGCAUUGUCUGUGACCUCAGAGCGUUACGCUUUCUCACUGUCAAUAAACCACUUUUCAUUACAACCUAACAGACUAGAUAAAACUCCUAAAUAUAGGCAACUCAUAUUUUAUCUACACAUAAAGGUUAUCAACAACGACAGAGAGCAAAAGGGCCGAGGUGGGGGAGAAAAACAAAGGAAAAGACAAAAAAGGAGAAAAACCCCUCUCAUCUGACAACAGUAAUCUUGUGAAAGUUAGAUAUGGCAAUUGCAAAGUUGACAAAAGUGAAUUGCAUUUAAUUUAUUAUCCGUUUAAAGGAACCGGUACCCUCCCUACGGGUCAGCUAACUACUGAUCUAGCUGAAAGGGGACUUAUGCUGAGAAAAGGAUUGCUACACACUUGAUUUUUGCAAUUUAAUUAUUAGAAAAGAACUCUGUGGAGUAGUACUUACCUGAAAACUGGUGGUUUUAGCAGAGAGGAAGUGAGUUACUGAACGGUUUAAACCCAAAAGUGUAUAAACCAGUGCCCAAUAUCAGCUCUCCUAGCCAAUCAGUAGCGCCCCAUUUACAAAACAAAGUGAAAAAGAUUUGUAUGUAACUUACUUAUAUAGGUAAGCAGAUAAGAUUUACUUGCCUUAUUUCCCCCAGCUCACCAGUCUUGCUGCCGCCACUCCUCUGGCACAGAUCAUCAUUAAAUCAUAUCCGCCAAUCCAGUGCUUUUACAUAAUCAAACUGUGCCAAUUAGCAUCUCCUCUUCUCAAACUGUACAUUGUGCAAAACAUUCAAACUCCUCUAAAUAUCACAAGGAUAAUAAUCUGUGUACAAACAACUAUCUGUGCAAAUAUGUUCUCUAUUUUUAAAUUAAUUUUCUUUUACGGCAUCGCCUUAAAGCAUCGCAGGGUGAGUGUCUGGUUGUUAAUGCAUUGUAUGUACACGUAUACUCCAUGGCCACUUUAUUAGGCAAGCACACGUUUAAUGCAAAUAUUUAAUCAGCCAAUCGUUUUACAGUAAUUUAACAGACGCUGUAUUUCAAGCUGCUUCUUCAUAUAUGCAAUUAAACUAAAUGUACUCUUAACGGCCUCCACAUUCACCAGCCUGGUCCAGUAGAGCAUUUUGGGAUGUGGUGGAACAGGAGACUUUCCGCAUUCAUGUAAAACCCCAGAAACCUCCAAAUCUAUUUGAUGCUCUCAUGUCAACAUAGCUGUAUUUCUGCAAAAAUUUUCCAGCAGCUUAUUGAAUCCAUGCUCAAAGAACUGAGGGAAGGACAGAUGGGUGCUUAACUAGUUUAUGAAGUGUUUACCUGUUGAAGUGGCCAUGGUGUGUGUGUGUGUGUGUGUGUGUGUGUGUGUGUGUGUGUGUAUAUAUAUAUAUGUGUGUGUAUAUAUUCACACAUAUAUAUAUAUAUGUGUGUGUGUGUGAAUCUUCCUGUAAUCAAAUACUUUGUAGACUAUAUUUUGGCAUUUCUGCUUGCAAAACAUUUUUUUUUUCUUCUUUUACUUUUUCAUCUAAAAGCUAAAUGUGAGUUGAUGCAAUGAAUGCAAAAUGUCUGUACUUGCAUAUUCCAGGGCUUAGUAUACACUAUAACUGAUGUGGAGGAGGUCCACCACUGGAUGGUGAAACACUUCGUAGAGCAUCCCCUUUUUGAGAGAGUCUCUGAAGAACAACUGGUAAGAUAAUUGCUGAAACCAGCCAUUCUAAAGUAAGAACCCUUAAACCCUUUGCUUUGAUUGAUGGACAAAGAAUUUUAAGAGGUUUUGUCCUUAAGAACUUGAUUUGGCUGCAGUGUUUUCUGGGUGACUGUUGUAAUUUUCUUUAACUUUCAAAGCAUAUUUAGAUAUUUUCUAGAUGCUUCUUAUGUUAAAUUGUUUAAUUUUUAAAAACAUUUAUUUAUUAUUCCCCCCUCUAGGCAGAUGAUAUAAUUGUGGACAAGUUGGGCAUCUCUACUGAAGAAGGAAAAAAGGUCCAGCGGAACAAAGGACAUAACUUCUUGGCUGUAUUUUGCCGGGUAGAAAACAAAACCUUUAGAAAUCGAGAUACUUAAUAUUGUGACCGGAUGCUUUCCAUUCAGCGUUCUUUUAUUUCCAAGUGACAAUAUCUGAUGGGAGUAAUUACAACCAAAGGACUGUUUAGCUUCUAGCACUUGUUUACAAUCUUCCUAUCUAUCCUUAUGAGGGACAGCUAAUUUGUUUUACAGUGCUGGAGAAGAUUAUCAAACACAACUUGGCAACUACUUGUUAAAUUUACUGGAAUAAGGUUCCAUACCCCAGCUAUGUAAAUAUAUAUAUAUAUGUAUGAAUCUUCACUACUUUUUUUUAAAAUCAUAAGCAGGGCAUAUAAAGGUAAUUUUGACAUUUUAAUCUCUUAAUGGAAGGUUUCAUCAGGAUACAAAUGACAUGUCAAGUGCAAGUUGAAAUACUCUCCUCUGUAGUCCAGAAUGGAGGUGAUCAUGGUCGGACCUACAUUUAAUAAAAAUGUGAAAUGUGUAUCUGUGUGUAUCCAUCAAAUCUUUUUCAGCAGUCUAAAAUUCACUCUCCACCACAUCUCUUGCUAAAUAAGAUAGUUUCACAAGGCUUUUAAUAUGUCCCUUAUUGUUUCAUCUCUUGCUAUUAAUACACAGAGUUCAGGCACUAACACUUUGCUUGUGGCUUGAAGGCCAUUGUUCAUGUAUGUGGACUUCUGUUCAUGUCAAAGCUCCUGGUUUAACUUGGCUAGCUUAAAUGUAAAAGAGCAACGUCAGUCUGUCAAAUCAUAAAGCAUGCUUUUCUUUUGCACCGGCGUAAACCCCAUUACCUCCUGUACCUAUCGUUACAAAUAUAUUUCAACUUGUUAAAACGAAACCAUUGUUUCGAUUGGCUUACUCAGUCGGAAAAAAAGCAGCUACCAUAUUACCAACUGUGCAAUAAAAUGUUGUUUAUUUUUUUGUCUACUGUAAAAUAUCUUUGAAUGACUUGUUGUGUGUUUGAAGCUGUAUAAGUUGUUUUUAACCUUGGCAAUCCUCACUUAUACAUAGAAGCUUGACACUUUUUUAAAAUCAUUUUUUAUUUUAAAUAUACUGAGGGCAAUGGAGGGAGGGAGCUCACAUUGUGUGGGAGGUAGGGAGGAAGCAAUGUUCCCCCUUUCUGGCAUUUUUGCCUGCAAGAAUGAAGAUGAGGACAUAUGUAGCCAGCAACAGACAAAAAUAUGCACAGUCUUGACAGACCAGAACAGCAUUCUGGACUGCCAGUGUCACGUGUGAAAUUAUCCACCAGCACACUAUUAACAAUUUCUCAGUACUUGCAGUGUUUCAAACUGAAUUGCAUAAAUGUCAGCAUGUCCACAUGCUCCUGGCUGAUGUGUUUGUGUUUUUUUUUUUUUUGCAAUCUUUGGUGCCUGCUGCAUAGAAGAGACACUCAGAUAGUGGUGAUGUGUUUUGGAUGCACAAGUAAGAUUUUUGUCAAGUUCACCGAGCUUGGAUAUUUAUCUUUGCUUUGUUUUUUCCUCCAUGGCUAAGGACCUCUCAACCAAGUAAGCUUGGACUUAAUUUUUAACUUGGCUGUUGAUGUCCUCAUGCUGCCUUUCACUGCUGCCUCCAGACUCUGGGAGUGAGUCAAGCAAACAGACAGACAUUGCAGGUUCAGCAACUGUAGUUACAGAUCGCAUUUGCUGCUGUUGUUCCAUCUCUCUUUCUUUCUGCAAGCACUUCCAUUUGAAAUUUCAAACUUUGCAGCUAACUCUGCCAUGUUUGUUGCUGUAUGUCCAUCUUCCAAUGGCAUGGUAAUGAUGUUGAUGGACAUCUGCCAUAUCUUCCAUCACUUAUUUGACAGACCAACUAAUUGAUAAGUUUCAUGGACAGCUAUCUUCAUAACUGAUUUUUGUUCGAUUCAGUUGUUGCAGCUGUAGUGGGACAGCUAGGGUACCAAUUCCUUCCUCCAAG